CGUAUCCACAGCGCUUCCCUCCCCUCAGACACAGUUGCUCUGAGCAGGAAACCGGUUCUCUGCGCAAUGAUCCUCGCAACGAAAUCCUAAAGAAAGGACAGCACGACAACAAAGCGGACUACUUUGGAAAUCUGCUCUACAUCUUGGACUGCAGUUUGCAUUUCUGCAGGGGUUUGGACUCGUCCUCCUCCGCUCCGUCCUGUUGCUCUGCACGCUCUCCCCCUUGGAGCUGGAGGACUGCUCCUCCUUUUGUGUUGCUCUGCGGUCGUUUGUUCAACUUCUAACCCCCCGGUUCAGCACAGAGGCGCCGGGGGUUGUUUUCUGCCUUUUCUUGCGUCGCCCUAAACGGAAUGAAUGACAAAAACAAAGGAGGUUGAUGUCCAUACUCCUCCGACUCACCUCGCCUUCGCCUCGCCCAAGGAACGGAGACUCCAUCUCCGGCAGAAGAUGGAAAGCGGAGGCGGGACGCAGAGCUCGGACGGCGGCCAGGCGCAGCACGCGGUGCCCGGUCAGCCGCAGCAGCCCCACCGGGCUGAAGCGGCCGAGAAGAAGAAGAAGAUCAACCGGGCGCCGUCUCCGGCGAGGCCGAAGGAUGUGCCCGGGUGGUCGCUCACGAAGAUCCGCGGCGGGAUCGGGACCACGAGCCUGAGCGUCAAGCCCGGGGCGAUCCAUCUGGGCAGCCGCGUUUCCAGGCGCAGUCCCGUGGGCAGCCUCGCCGGGAAGGACGGCAAAGCCGACAGAGCGGGCGGUAAGACGGCUGGAAAAUCCUCCCUCCUGUCCAAGACCUCGGCGUCCAAAACGCCGAAGAGCACCGGCGGCCGGAGGAAGGUGUCGGACGCCAGCACGGCAUCCGAAGACCUGUCGAAGGACUCCGGGUGCGCCGCGGGGAAGCUCUCCCCGACAGACAGCAGCUCCGAGCUGUCGGACUGCGCCUCCGAGGAGAACAAGCUGUCAGCGGAUGCCGGGAGCAGCGACGCCGAGUCGAGGAGCAGCCGCGGUCCGGAAGGAGAGAACGGCGCGUCGGCGGACAGAGCUGGUCAGCGGGCUGCCGCCAGGAACGCCUGCGCCUCCGCCGAGAGAGACGAGAAGGAUCGGCUCUCUCUGAGCGUGGAGACCGGGGAGGAGAGCAUUUCACCGGGCGAGGAGCGGUCGAACAUCUCGUUUGACAGCAGGGUGCCCGCCAGCACGUCCCUGGCUUUCUCGGACCUCACGGAGGAGUUCACUGACGGCAUGCAUGAGGAGUACCUCAGGGAAAUAGAAGAGCUGAGAUCUGAAAACGAUUACCUCAAAGAUGAGAUGGAGGAGCUGAGGUCUGAGAUGCUGGAAAUGAGGGACAUGUACAUGGAGGACGAUGUUUACCAGCUGCAGGAGCUGCGCCAACAACUGGAGCAGGCAAAUAAAACCUGCCGUAUCCUGCAGUACCGACUGAGGAAGGCAGAGCGGCGCUCUCUCCGCGUGGCCCAAACAGGGCAGGUGGAUGGAGAGUUGAUAAGGACACUGGAGCAAGAUGUAAAAGUGGCGAAGGACGUCUCCAUUCGAAUCCAUAGCCAGCUGGACAGCGUGGAGAAGAAGAGGAGUCGUCUGGAGCACGAAAACGAAGAGCUCAGAGUCCGGCUGCAGGACCUGGAGGUCGCCAAACAAGUCCUGCAGCAGGAGCUUGACAAGAACUCCCAGAAGAAAAGAGGAGCACGGACCAGCAACAAACCAGACAAGAAGCCCGCUCCACAGGAGGACAAUUCGGACCUGAAGUGUCAGCUCCACUUUGCCAAAGAGGAGUCUGCCCUGAUGUGCAAGAAGUUGACCAAGUUGGUGAAGGACGGCGAGGCCAUGAAGGAAGAGCUGGCCAAGUACAGGUCGCUAUACGGAGACGUCAACUCCUCGCUCACCGUGGAGGAGGUUGCUGACUCCCCGCACACUCGAGAAGCUGAGGUCAGAGUUCACCUAAAGCUAGUGGAGGAGGAGGCCAACCUGCUGAGUCGACGCAUCGUGGAGCUGGAGGUAGAGAACAGGGGACUCCGAGCCGAGAUGGACGAAAUGAAGUGCGCUCAAGAUGGGCCCCAAGAACUUUCUGUUGGUGGUGGUCCAGGGGGAGGGCUUGGCCUCACAGGAGGGGCUGUGGUGCUUGGUGGAGUGGCCUCCUCUGAAAAUGUCAUGGAGCUCCAGAGACACCUGCAGUUUGUGGAGGAGGAAGCUGAGCUGCUGAGAAGGUCUCUGAUUGAGAUGGAGGAGCAGAACAAACUGCUGAUGAAUGAGAUAAAUCGUUAUAAAUCUGAACUCCCACCUGCAACAUCGGCACUAUCCUCCGAGUCUUUGAUGUCUCUGACGGACGGGCUGCUGAACGACAGCCACUCACACUCAGUGCAGGACGGGGCGGUGCUUAUCAGCACCGACACGCCGACUCCUGAAGAGGAGCUGAGACUGGCGAGGCUUCAGAUUGGAGAGAUGAGUGGGAAAGUGAAGAAACUGCAAUAUGAGAACCGUGUGCUCCUGUCCAACCUGCAGCGCUGUGAUCUCGCCUCCUAUCAUGCCCCCUCUUCUUCUUCCUCCUCCUCCUCAUUAAGACUGGCUUUAGAGACAGAUGCGGAGGCAGGAGACUCAGCUGAGUGCCUUCCGCUCAGCCCACCUCAUCGCAAAGAGCCAGUGGGUGGGGAGAAUGAUGCCAUCGACAUGGAUGAGCAGAAAAAAAAGGUCGAGGACAACGCUGACGCAACCACUUCACCCGCUGGGUGCUUGGGGCAGAAGGACGGCGAUGCCUUGUUGGCCAUGAGGGACCAGGCUAGUUUGGUUUCCACUGCGAUACAGCUGCUGACCUCCCCCGAGUCCAACUGCCUGUCCUCGUCCUCCUCUCCUUCGUUGUAUCACAAGGUCUGCAGCAACGAGGCGGCAGAGGCGUGUGACCUGGAGAAACCGCAGCCUCACUGCCAGAUCUCAGAGCUGUCUGAUUUGGCAGACCGGCCUCUGGUCGGCGCUCUGACCAGCAGGCUUCAGGCGCUGCACACCCAGCUGCAGGCCUUCGUUGAGCAGGUCGACAGUCUGGGUAAACCUCCGGCCGGGGGGAGAGAUGCUCAGGUGGAGGGGGCAUCGCCUCCGGCAUCGCCCUGCACCUCCAUCCCCUGCUCCAGAGCAGACCAGGACCAGGAGAAGACGCUGCGGGAAAAGCAGCCUGAUUGUAGGGACCAGUCAGAUCCAGACGAGAAAGAUGAAACCCACCAGAGGAGCCAAUCUGUCAGGAGCGAGGCGCAAAAUCGGGAAACCGGCCAGAUGGAACAGGAGGAGACUGAGAUGGAUCCUCCCACGUCUGUCCAGCUCAGUGGCCUACAGGCGCAGCCGUCCGCAGAAAAGGAGUCCGCUCCAGGAACUCAGGAGGAGCUGGAGAAAGAGAGGCAGAACCACAAAGAAAUCGGCCUCAGAUUUUCACAGCUCCAGGAGGAGCACCAGAAGGCCCUGCUCCGACGGGACUUCCAGCUUCAGAGCCUGGGCCUCCAAGCCCGGCUCCAGCAGAAGCUGUGGAGUCAGGAGAGGACUCUGCUGGUUCAGGAGUCCCAGCACCUGAAACAGGCUCUGCUGCUGCUUAGUCUGAAGCUGCGCUGCUUCCUCAAACAGUGGAGGCUGGGCUGCAAGAAGGACGCGGAGGGGAAAGACGUUUUGGAGAUGAACAGCCUGAAGGACCUGUACCUGCUGCUGGAGGAGGAGAGCCUGCCAAGCCCCACCAACCAGGCGGAUAAGAGAGCGUCUGCAGACGAGCAGCCACUCAGCCCCACCAUAAAGUCGAGCGCUGUGAGCAGCACUCUGGCGGACCUAAAGGUCGCUCUGCAGGACCUGAGCGCCGAGUUGAGACAAGAGAGACAAGGCUCCCAGGAACUCACUCAGCAGUUCGCAAAGGCCAAAGCAUCAUGGGAGGUGGAGAGGACCGAACUGAAGGGCCUCAUCACGCAGUUUGAGACCAAACUUGGCAAAGCAACAGCCGCGCUGUCCCCCACCGAAGCCCUGGACCCCCUCGACCUGAAGGUGGCUCUCAAAAAGGAACGUGAGGAACACCAGCACCUCCUCGCCGAGUCAUACGCAGCCGUGAUGGACUUAACCAAACAGCUUCAGAUCGGGGAGAGGAACUGGAGCAGGGAGAAGCUGGAGCUGCUGGAGAGGUUCAGCCAGGAGAGAGCGCAGUGGGAGCAGAGACUCAGAGACCAGAGCACACAACAGGAGAAGCCGAAGCCUCUGUGUGAUGAACCCACCAUGGAGACGGCUGCUGUUAAUGGAUCAACAUCGCCGAGGAUAAAACCUACACCGGAGGACUCGGAGGUUAACAAGUCUGCCGGUGAGAAGGACAAAGCUCAGUUUGGCUCAUUGCCGCUUUUUGCUGCAGCCGGGUUCGGUGAUAUGACCGUGAAGAACUGGACCAACCUGACCAAUGAGACCCCAGAGAUCGCUAAUACUUGUAAAACCUGGGACGGUCCAAGCGGCUCCUCCAGCAGCUUCGCAGCCUCUCCUGCGGAUCUGGACUAUGUGCAGAGGAGCUGCACCGCUCCAGACCGGACCGGCAUCCGAAUCUACUACAGCCCCCCUGCCGUGAGGCGCAUCGAGCACCGGCGAAGAUACCAGGAGCCAAUAGAUUCUGAUCACCCCGGCAUCGGGAGCGGCUCACUGAAACCGAGCGGAACGGAUGGCGACGGAGUGUCGCUGAACGCCCUCGAUGCUCAGCAGCAACAACCAGCCUCAUCUUUGACCUCCUCCUAUGAGCAGUGGCUCAGCUCGCUGUCCAAACAGCACCGGGAGCUGCUGGAGAGCAGAAGCGGCAGCAUUUCCACUUCCAUGCCGAGUGUCUUUAGCAGCAGCGCCAGCAGUGGGCCGGCUAACAGGGCGGUCGACGGGAUGGCGUCCGGUUCUCCCUUCCACGACCUGGAGAUCGGAGACAUUUCCGCCAACCUAAGUGACGACAUGAAGGAAAUGACUAACUGCGUCCGCCAAGCUAUUCGCUCUUCUUCUCUGGAGAGGAAGUCCAGCAAGGAGCCUGGCGGUCAGCCUGUUGGCGUCUGCAGCAAGUCCACCCAGACCGUCGCUCAGAGCAUCAGCGUCGGCCUGCAGACAGAGAGCCUUCCCAGCAGCAGGGCGGCGGGGCUGCCCUCCAAAGCCUGGUCCCCUCGUCUGUCACCAACAACCACCUCCUCGCUGGCGUCCGCCCGAACUCGGCAGAUCUCCACGUCUCUGGACAAAGUGCACAGCCGCAUUGAGAGGCCGUGCUGUUCGCCCAAGUAUGGCUCCCCUAAACUGCAACGAAGAGGGUCUUCCGGUUCCACCUCCAGACUGGACGGGGCGUCCUCCAGCAGGGACCGCAGCGUGUGGAGCCUACCUCAGAGGCCCCUCGGUGGGAGUGGCGGCUCUGCUUGGGCUCGCUCCACCACCACGAGGGACAGCCCCGUCCUGAACGGCCUCACCGAUGGCCUCUCCAGCCUCUUUAGCGUGGUGGAGCACUCCGGAAGCACAGAGUCGCUUUGGAGGAGUGAAAUAGGACCAAGCCAGACCGCCAGCCCGGCCCGGCAGCACCCGGCUGCGGGGAAACCCUCCGGUGCCUCGGCCGGCGGCUCAGACUCCAGCUCUCAGCGGUACGGAGGGCUGGUGCAGGAGUUCAUCAGGAACGUCUGCGGCAGCCGCGGCCCCGGUGGAGUCCCCCUGGCUGCGGAGAGAGUGCAAAGAGACUCCCUCGGGGUCCUCGGAGGCGUGGGCGCCUUGGGUGGUUUGAGCGGCGUAGAUGAACCCACAGUCGGCGGGGCUGCUGCGUUCGCUGGAUUGAGUGGAGCCAACGACAGCGUGACCAGGAUUGUUAAUAAGAGGUUCAUGAAGCAGACCGCCGGGGAGGAGAUGAUCAGCAUCAUGGGAGGAGGGAAGGAAGCAGCGAGCAACAGCGUGGCUGCAGGACCAGGAAUGGAGGACGCACCCUGUGAUUGUGCCGCCCAGUCCUCCUGCUUCGUCCGAUCAUCCAGAGCAGCUGCUCGCCACUGCAAGCACCGCCUGCAGGAGGCCCCGGCUGGGACAGAGGAGAAGGGAGAUGCCUGCAACGAGUGAUGAGGCUCCCACUACACACCACCCCCCGCACACAAAUAAGACGCACACAGAGGAAAUUCACUUCUUCACAAACACCACUGCCAUGGAAAUGCUUUCCCCACACCUCCCGGAGCACCGAAUGCACACCAAACACCCAGAACCUGCCACACAGGCCCACUGCCAAGCAUAACACAGAGAGACAGCACAGACUGCCCCCACGAAGCUACUGCCACCGUAACGCAAACAGAACCCCCGGCAAUACCACUCCCUGUUUCUAGACGUGCAACCGAUGCCAAGGACACACCCAGCAUCCCACCAGCAGGACUGAAACCAGAGAUAUCCUCUUACACUUCUAACAAUCAACAGGUUAAACGAUGAUGUCAGGACUGAAUCUGCAGAACACAGCCUCCGACUAACAGAAUCAUGGGUACUACAAUCAGUCUGCUCUUUUUAAGCUCGUACGCCGCUACAUGACACAAUGUUCCCGCCCGUGCUGUUAAUUAACCAGUGAUUUUAAGGCUUGUGUGUAACUUUGGGAGGUAUAAAACAGAAACCAUAGGCAGAGCUAAAAAAAAAAGUUAAUUUUUUUUUUAUGUUUGGUUGGCUGGUCUGAAUCAGCCAGUCUGCAGUUCUAGAUAUAAUGAAAGGCUCCAAUGAUUUCACAGUGAUGGACUUGUUCCUGAAAUGCCAUGCUGUUUUGGAUUACUUUGCACAGUUAACUUCACAGAUCCAAAAAAAUAAAAAUAAAAUUCACAUCUUAAGGACACAUAGAGCGGUAUAAACCGUAUCUUAUUAGUAAGGAAGGGAAAAAACUAUUAGGCUGUGUGUCCCAGAAUGACCAGAUAUGAACUCAAAUGAAGAAUGUAGGGAACCUAAUGGCUCGGAAAAUGAAACCAUAAAAAGGACCUCAAAGACAAUGUUUUACUGAUGUACCUAGUGAGCGUAUAUCGCAAGGCUUAUUUUUCUAGAGCAGGGGAGCCUCUGUCUUGCUGAACAUUGGAUACAGACAAAAUGGGUGAUAUUAAAGCCAUGACUGACCUUCGUUGAUAGAAAUUACUCUUCAUUUUUCUUAGCAGACAGGCAGAGAUUGAAUUGUAUUGAUGUCAUCCUUAAACAUUUGAGCAACAAUAUGAAGACCACCUGUGCAUACCUGCUGUGUGCUGUCUUGAAAUGGCCUCUGUUGUUACACACACUGGGCACCAUUCCCCCUUGUUGUUCGUUUCAACUGGGAUCCCUUCUGUUAGGAUAGAAAAUUGAAUUUCUAUUGUUCAUGUGUUAUGUUGUUGUUGUUGUUGUUUCAGACCGCCCAAGCCACUUUAGUUGGGAGUACACGCGAGAAAUGAAAUCCAUUCCAGUUAUACCAACAAGCUGAAAAACAUCUUUUGGGAUCAGAAUUACACAGUUGCUAAAAUACCUUGAUCAAAACGCAGUGCUUCGCAAAGGUAUACCUACGCCCUUAACUUUUUUUUUUCUUUAACUUUUUAUUCCACCACAUUGAUAUGCUUUGAUCUAAACCACUCCAUUGUAGCGCUGGCUGCAUCUUCAUGAUUGUUGUCUUGUUGGAAGGUGAACCUCUACCCUAAACUCAAGGCUUUUGCAGCCUUGAACAGGUUUUCUGUCCACAUUUCCAUGUAUUAACUUUGUUACUUUUUAAAAAAAAGCUUUCUAUCAUAGCAGCCUCCACAAUGUUGGGGAUGGAUAUUGUCUUAUAAUCUAACCCUACUUGAAACUUCUCCACACCCUUUUCCCCGACCUGUCUGCUGUGUUCCUUGGUCUUCACGGUGCUGUUUGUUCACCAAUGUUCUCGGCCAACACAAAGCAGCUGUGAGUUUAGGUCGGUUGUUGAAUCCAAUUUACUAAUUAGAAAACUUCUGACAGCAUUUGGCUGCUGGAUUAUUGAGGGGUAUUAGAGUAAAACGGACUGAACUAAUAUGCAUGCCAUACGUUUUCAAUUAUAAAUUUAUUUAUAAUUGGAAAAUGAAUAAUUUGUAUUCCUAUUCACAAUUAUUGACCACAUUUUGUUGACCUACAUUAAGGUUUGAGGUUAGAACUUGUCAAAAUGCAAAGAAGUUCAAUUGGUGCAAGUACUUUAGCGAGGCACUGUAAUUUUGAUACCUAGACGGUGGUCAAUUAGUGCGUGUGUUCUACCUGUUUUUUUAACUACAUACAAUCAAAAUAAAAUGUAGUCACAGCCAUGCACCAACUACAAGUUUUCUUACUGCCGAGCUAUAUCAAAACUCCUUGAAUUGGAUUUUGGCAUUGUAACAAACAUUGCCACCUUGGAACACCUCCAAGUAUUUUAAAAGUAUAGCUUGAACAUAUAUAUUUUGUUAAAAUGGAAAGAUAUGGCUUUUUAAUAUUUAAAUAUCUGAAGCACUGGAACUUUUUAACUCAUUUGAAAUAAAUCGGAAAAUUGGCUUUCUUUGCAAAUAAAAUACUUGGUUUUGUCACAGUGAAAUAAGUUAUCCCUAAACUGAACCAUAGAGGUAAUUCUUCUGUAACAGCUGUACAUAAUGGAUUGCGUAAAUCAACACAGCUACAAAGGCACAAAGACUCAUCUUGCCGACCUACAAAGACUAUGUAAGAAUACAUUUUCUAGGAAUUUAUUUAUUUAUUUUUUUUUUACACAUAGCUUGUUCAUUACCUUGCCACAUCCUCGUAUUUUUUUGUUGAAUCAACUAAUUAAAGUGCCUGUUGAAUUGUCUCUCCAAUAUUCAGGUCACUCUAAAACUGGACUUUAUAAAAUACAUAAACCAGGCAGCCUAUUUCUGUUUAAUAGGAUCAUUUUUUCUUCAUCAGUGUACUGUAUCACAUUUUAGCGACAAAAGGGUAUCAACUGCAGGUGGAUGUGGCAUACAGUAUGUGUCUGCCGUUGUAAAAUACCAAAUAAUAUUUCUGGAAACUCAAAUAUUUUACUUUUUAAUUAAUGUCUUGCUGACCUAUUAUUCUGUCUCUGUUUUGUUAACACGGUGCUACUUGGUGUACAGUCGUUUGUGGGCUUGUUGUCCUUUAAAUAGGAAUCUACCCAUCUUGUGUCUGCACACAAUUCAAUGACUCAGCAGUUUAAAAAUAGGGCAUUACAGAAACAGAACAUGUACCUAAAUAACAUGCUGAGGAAAACCCACAGUCUCUGUGCUGGUGUCUGUCUCCAUUUUAGCCCUCUUUUUGGGCACAAAACCAAGAGCAUGAAACCAGCUGCUGCCUCACAAGCUACUGACCUGAAUACAACCCGACUAGACUGUCUGAUUUUUGGCCACAAUCAAAUGGUUUUUAACUAGUUUAGGUCAUGUUUCAUGGGUUUUUUUUUUUUUUUAAAGUUUCUUUUUUUCUUUUGAUAUUUAAUUUUCACACAUUUUUAUAAGCAUUACACAAGAAAAUAUUAUCUGAAGUUAUAAGUAAAUCCUAAAUCACAGUCUAUAAAUAUUUAUCAAGAAAACACAAUAAAUCCUACAUAAAUCUUUUGGGUUACUAUUAUCAGUUGAGCUAACCUUUUUGGGAACUCUGUAGUUUGGAGCAAAAUGGAGAUUAGCUUUCCAAAAAUCUAGCACAUUAGCAAAGCUGCCAUUUAUCCAAGUUUUUCAUGGAUAUCCCUGUGAAAAAACGUAUUAAAAUAUUAUAUUCUGCUCAUCUGACCAAUAAAAUCAGUGCCGGUUUGAUUUUAAUCUUUAGCAUUUUUCGAGAACAAAAAUAUUAACUCAAAGGGCUUCCUGGAAUAUCAAAAUGUUAUAAUGCUAAUUUUCCAUAAUAUAUUUUUCAGUAUUGUAGCUGUAUUUCCUGCGGUUGAAGGGUUGUCUGAAAAUGCUAAUUUUUGAUUUUGCUAACAGUUAGCAUAUAGCUAGACUCAGAUAUCAAAACACUUACGGUAAUUUAGCUUUUAGACCUAUGGUCUAUUUUCUGAGGCCAUAAAAAAGAGACACGAGCAAACUUUGCAAAAUUCAAGAACACUUACCUUCACUAAACCAACAAUUUGAGACAUUAUUUCUAUUUUAACCAAUACAAGGCAGUUAGCAUGCUAACAAUAUAACCGCAUCUCACAUAUUGGGAUGUUAAACCAACUAUAAUAAGUUUAUAUAGUUGGUUUAUGAUUCACAAGGUCAUUGACAUGUUUUUUGUCAAAAUCCUCUGCAUGCAGUUUAAGAUGUGGAAAAAAUUAUGGAAAUAACCGAAUGCAACACAAAGAUUAUGCACUAACUACAGUCAACACUUAGCAAAAAAAGGAGUUUAUUGAAGUGUACUAUGAGUAUACUUAUUUCAUACUUAAAACUAGGCAGUGUACUUGAAGUUUACUUUUUAUAAUCUAUAUUUCAUAUACCUAAUAUUAUCAUAGUGAAGUAUGAACAGAAGUCUUAGACUAAGUACAUUAAUACUUACACAUAAUCUUAUACUUAAGUAUACCUAAUAAAAUUAACUUCAAGUAUACUACUUUUUGCUAAGGAAAAAAAAUAAUCUCACAGUUUCAUUCACCAGACUACAAAUAACCAAACUGAUAAGCAUUAUGUUUUAGGUGUACUAUUAUAUUUUUAAACCAUGCUCGAAUAAGAGCCUGUCUUUUUAAAUCUUUCCAUUGUUUUUUUAUAAUUGAAACACAACACUAUUAAAACUAUGCUAAAACAGGGUUUUAUCCUUAAAACAUCAAUUUGAUCAGCUUUAUACACAGCAAACCAAUAAACAGCCCACUGUGGAAGGGAUUUAGAGACUUUUUUUAUUGUUUUAUUCCAAAAAGUGAGUGAUUUUUAGAUAUGAUGCUUAUAUUGUACUAUUUUAAAAUUAUUUUUCUGAUCGCCUGCAUAAAACUUCAGGUAGAUGGUUUACAGGAUUUUGUUCUACCUCUUAGACUGUACAAUAAAUACAAAAAGCUAAAUUUAUAAAAAUCUGCCAGAAAGGUCUGCAGUUGAAACCCAUGCAAUCACUACAUACCUGGAUGUUGUUUUCUAAUGUAAUUUAGUCAUUCUAUCCACAAGAAGGUCACUUUAGUGCCUUGCCUCUACAAAGGUGUCUUGUUUUUACUAAAACCUUUCCAUUUAUCUGCAUAAAUUUGAUUCCAAGAAAGCACAACACCUUAGUUCAAAAUUCCAGAUUAAGUAUAACUGGAAUUCAGUUUAAAUAUUGUAAUAUGUGAUUUUACCUUCAUUUAUAUCUUAUACAGUGAAUAUGGGAAUUCCAAGACGUUAGCUAAACUGCACCCUUCGAUAAUAACCUUUUGUGUUACCAGACUUCUAAAAAGGUGAUGAUCAAAAUUGUUAGGACAUUUUGGAAGAAUGUCUUUACACUGAUUUUUUUUAAUAAGGUCUAAAUUUUAGACAGUGUCAAGAUAGGAAUAAUCAAAGAUGCUGAGAAAAGUUGAAUGAUGUUUCAUUGUUCUCCUAAAAAAGUACGCACAGCUUAUUUUUUGAUGCGUCAUACAUGUGUAUUUCAACACAAGAUGUGGCUUGGUAGAGGUGUAAAUUCAUCACUCCCUAAUCUCUAAAUGGCCUUUUAUCCAUUCACUAUAACAUGUUACAGGUCACACAACAUCACCAGCCAAUAUCUUUCUUAAAGGCUGUGGGGCAUCAACCAUUACCCUUAUACCCACUUUUUACAUAAAACCCAAUAAGGCCACAUUGAUAUUUCCAUCUCUUUGUAAAGUUUCCAUACCAUUAAUUAGAUUAUUACAUGCUGGGAUUAUGUAAAUGAAUUCUUAGCUGUUCAUGAUGGUAGCUAAUCUAUUUACUAGAGACGGCCUGUACAUUUGCUUUAUUAACAUAUUGUUCCCUCUUUUUCAACAAUGCGUGAUUAUUAAAAGGAGAAUGCAAUGAAAUGUAAUUUAUCUGGUAGAGAAAUGCCCCAAAUCCCAUUUUGUAAAAAAAAUAAUAAAAAAAAAAUCACAAAGAAAGAAAAAGUUCUGUACUCUGCCCUUUUGUUUCCUUGAGAAAAGCUGAAUGUCAACAGCUGAUCUGACCCAGGUCGCUGUGGAAAUAUGUAGCUCUCUCCCUUUUUAGAUGACACUUGUGCAUUUUCUCUGUAUAUAGUUGCAUUUUGAAAAUGACUGAAAAAGAAAACUGAAAAAAAAAAAAAAAACAAUAGCAAACAUCGUAAUAUGUAAGAAUAAGAUGUCCAAUAUGAAUUUUUGAAAGCAGCCGGAUAUAUUUGUUUUUUCCAGCCAUGGUAGCUUGUAAAAUAAGAUGAAACUGCCUCCUGUUUGUCAUAGCGAUCACAAAUAAAUGUCAUGGAUUUUGA